AUCAGUUCAUUUGCAUUUACUCUGCGUCAUGUCGACCAAAGAUCCAGUCGAUUAUCCGUUUACCUUCAGCGUUAUACCAGAGACCCUCCAGAGUCCAUUUAAGGAACUCUUUCCAUCCUACCGGGAAGGUCUCGUGAGCAGUGAGCCGGGCAAUUUCGUUUACCACCCGCUGUACAGCAAAAACGCGCACGAGUUUUAUCAUUUCGGCAUCCGCAACGACGACGUUUGGAUCCGGACAUUUCCCAGAUCAGGAACAACGUGGACUUCGGAAUUGAUUUGGUUGAUGAUGAACGAUUGCAACUUUGACGUAGCCAAUCAGAUUCCUUUAACUAUUCGUGCGCCGAAUAUCGACACGUGUUACGCGACCAAUUCCGAAUCGAUGGCUUCUCAAGGCUUCUCUUCAACUGUUCCGACAUUAGAAAAAUUGGCUGAAUUGCCUUCGCCCAGAGUCUUGAAAAGCCAUUUGCCACUUUACCUGUUGCCACCUGGUCUAUUAGACAGUUGCAAGGUGAUUUACGUCGCUCGGAAUCCCAAAGAUGCCCUAGUCUCUUUUUACUAUUUCCAUCACAUGGUGAAAUUCUUUCAAUUUACGGGAACGUUGGAGCAAUUCGCUGAAUAUUUCAUUCAAAGCAAACUCAUGUGGACUCCGUACUUCUCAUCGGUACUCGAUGCCUGGGCGAAUAGACAUCACCCGAAUAUGCUCUUCCUCUUUUUCGAAGAUAUGAAAAAGGACAUCAGGAAGGAAAUCAGAAAAAUGUGCAGCUUUUUGAACAAACAAUUGAGCGACGAACAAAUCGAGACAUUGGUGGAACAUGUCAAGGUGGACAAUUUCGCCAAAAACAAGUCCGUUAAUUUAACUGUGGAAAUCGAGUCUGGUUUGCUCAACAAAGGGCAUUCGUUUGUCCGCAAAGGCAAAACGGGCGACUGGAAAAACCAUUUCAGUCCGGAACUCAACAGUCGCAUAGACCAAUGGAUCGAAGAUAAUUUGGCAGGAAGCGAUUUGAAAUUCGUCACCGAGCUCGAGCAACAAGAUUGAAAACUUCCCAACUUCGAAAAUGAGAUCACACCUCCAAUUUUAAAUGCACGAUUGAUAAGAAAAUGUAGCGCCGUUUAUGGUACCCAACAGAGCCCACAUUUAAUCCUCUGUUACACUCGAUGAACUCGAAUAAAAAUGAAAACACACCUGG